AUGUUAACUAGUACAGUGUGUGAAGAGUUUGAUUCUUUGAGGAAGGAUUUUUCCGAUGAAUGGGAUGAUUCUGGAAAUUAUAUUUUUACAAGUGGAACCCUCAAGCAGCACUGCCCUGAUAAAGAAUGUAAAAAUUAUAUCAAUCUAGUUAAGGGUGGGUGCUUAUGGUUAUUAGAUAGAUUUUAUGGUAGUAAAACAGUUUUUUACCAUUAUUCAAAUAACAAUAUUGAUAUUGUUGUAUAUAUUAUAAUGUGGUUAGGCUAUAAAUUAAAUAAAAUGUUAAAAACUCAAUUUUCCAAUAUAAAUGAAUUUUACGAUAAAGAUAUGAAAACUAUCCAAGACUGUAAAAAGAAUAUAGAUGGCGUUGAUGGUUAUAGUAGUUAUAACGAUCUUAUAAAUAAAAAAAAUGUUUUUUUGAAUAUUCCUAAUAAAGAUAUGUCUAAAUUUUAUGAUGCAUUUAAAUCAUUAUGUAAAUUGUAUACUGAAUGUGAUAACAGCGAUUCAGAUUACAAUAGUUAUUUAGAAAAUACUCAAGAAUUUGUUGAAAAAUAUGAACAACUUAAGAAAGAUUUUGAUGUUACUAAUGACGAUUCAUAUAGUCAACUAUUUUCUAUAUUAUCAAAGGAUUAUGAUAAUUUUAAAAAUAAAUGUUAUUAUUUUCCACCUCUUCUAACUUAUUCACUAAUUUCAAUUGCAUUUAUAUUUGUUGCAAUACCAAUUUUUUUGGGAAUUUCUUAUAAGUAUUCAUUAUUUGGAUUUCGGAAACGAUUUCAAAAACAAAAAUUAAGAGAAAAAAUAAAAAAUAUAAUGAAGAAAAUGAUUCAUUAA